CAAAUUGUGAAAGCUGUGAUAAAGCACAGGAGGGACGUGUGCAGGCAUGUGUGUGUGUGUGUGUGUGUGUGUGUGUGUGUUCACAUCCAGGCGCCUUCAUUUCACCAGCGCAGUGAAGAAGCACUGAAGCGCAUCUGAGAAACAGCGCUGCUAGGAUUGUGGUUAAAAAGGGAGCUGGCAGGCGAAAGCAGGCAACGUUUCAGCAGUGAAAACAACGUUAUUCGGGGCGUCUUCGAGAGCUUUUUUCCCCCCAUGCCGAAUGAUACCCCAAGAGAAAUCACUUCCAGAGACGAGACUGAAGCCUCGUAAUCGGAGCAAAGCUGCUGCUGCUGCUGCUGCGCUGUUUGGGUGCCGUGUUAGCGGGCUAGCUUAGCCUGCUCCAUCCGCUAUCUACCGACGAACAAAGACGGAGAAAAAACCAUUUCACACGCUUUGCUGGGCUAAAAGGUCUGCGUAAAUAUUUAAACAGAAAACUGUCAUGAUGUUUCCACAAUCCAGGCACUCGGCUUCAUCACAGCAGCUGAAGUUCACAACGUCAGACUCGUGUGACCGCAUUAAAGAUGAGUUCCAGUUCCUCCAAGCACAAUAUCACAGUCUAAAGCUAGAAUGUGACAAACUGGCCAGUGAGAAGUCGGAGAUGCAGCGUCACUACAUCAUGUACUAUGAGAUGUCAUACGGAUUGAACAUUGAAAUGCACAAGCAAGCAGAGAUUGUGAAGAGAUUAAAUGCAAUCUGUGCUCAAGUCCUGCCUUACCUGUCUCAAGAGCACCAGCAGCAGGUCCUGGGAGCUAUAGAGAGAGCCAAGCAGGUCACACCACCAGAGAUGAACUCCAUUAUCCGGCAGCAGCAGCUUCAAGCACACCAGCUCUCCCAGCUGCAGGGACUGGCCCUGCCUGUGACCCCUCUCCCCCUCGGCCUGAGCCAGCCGAGCGGCCUGCCCACCGUCACCUCCAGCUCUGCCCUCUUCUCCCUCUCCAGCAUCCUGGCAUCGCAGGCCCAGCUCGCCAAGGAGGACAAGAGCGCCAGAGAUGCCACGGACAGCCACCGUGACGAGGACGCUGACAAGUCCGACUAGACACCGCUCCUCUGCCUGCUAUUGGCUGUGACCUCAUCCUCCAGUGCUCGCUUCCAUCACAAGCGCAUUGUCUCUCUUUCUUUGUCCUCAUUGCUGUAAAUUGCUAUUGUGAUCUUGAUCAUCUGUUCUUGAUCGUUCCACUAGCUUUAUAUUCAGCAGUCCACUUUUUUUUUUAAUAUUUUUACUAUAUAUUUAGUUAUUUUUCUGGCACCUCUCUCAGAGUGUAUAUGUAUAUAUAUCUCUAUGUAUUAUGUAUUCCAUAUUCUACUUCGUCUCAGCAUGGCCAUCCAGCUCCACUGAGGCACCACCAGUGUUUCUUUGAGCACAGUUUUAUCUCCCCCUACUUUGCUUUCUCCUGAAGAGAUUCUUUUAUCCUUCACCUAUGAAAGAGUACGUUUAACGCUGACAGAAUGAAGAGAAAAAGAAAUGAACGUAAUGAAGGUCAGCAGUCGUAUGUGAACUGUAGAACGCAUGCUAUAUUUUCUGCAGCAUUUUUAGUAUGGGUGUAGUUUAACUCUAUAAAUAGCAGUUAAAAUGGCUUACAGUGAGUUAUGAUAACAUGACUUACUGACUUUUUAAAGGAAUAUUUUAACAAAAAAAAAUUACAUUAUUUAGUAUAAAAUUUAGUAUAUCAUUUGCUGUUAGUCUAUCAUUUGUUUCUUUAGUUUUGCACUGGACAUUAUCUAGCACGUUAAUACAACAAAAAAAAAAUCAUUGAAAGUCUAUUUCAUCCAAAAUAUUUUGCAUAAAGAUAUUCUCGAAUAUUCACAUAUUUGGUCCAAACAAUAUUGCCAAGGUAUUUGGUCCCCUUUUAAUUAACACUUUUAUGGAAGGAUUAAAAAAAAAAAAAAUUUCAAACUGACUACCAGGUUUCUGUUGCAAUUCCGCCUACCAUGUGUCUGUGUUUCAGCGUUCGUGCUGGAUUUCGUUUUUUAGAGAUUAGGGCAAGACAUGGUUUGUCUUAACAGUAGUGCCAGCUCUAAGGCAAGUUAACGUUUCUAUGGUAACAGCUUGCACAGGGACUUAUAUGGUGGACACUCCACUUAAUCUAAACCUAAUACUAAAAGGAUUAUGUUGUUCUUUAAAAAAAUAUAUAAUCAUUAAUAUGUUGAACGUUUCUGUGUAUUUAACAUUUAUAGAAGGAGUCUCCAGUGUCAGAAAUUUGUAACCACAUCAUUACUGAAAUUUCUUUUAUUCAUUUGAGGCAAAUAUGUGGUUAUGUAUUUACAACAUAUAUUUUGGGUGAAAGAGACUACAUUUGGAAGAAGGUUAAAUUUUUUAUAUUUGAUCAACUUUUUUUUUUUUUUUUUUCCAAAAUAUUCCUUUAAACUGUUCGAGUUGUUAAUCAGAGGUCACUGCAAUGCAACACUGAGAGAUUGUGGAUUUAGCUAGACUUAAAAUGACCUACAAAUGAUCUGGCCCCUGUUUUUCUAUAUAUAUAUUACUGUUUAACAUGUGUGGAUUCUGAAAGCGUGUUUGUUUUCUCUCACUGUCGUAGACAGAGAGCAUUUAGCAUCAUUAAUCAGAACAGCUAACCUAUUCACCAAGUGAAAGGGCAAACUGUUUGAAAAAAAAUCUAAUCUUUUUUAAUUGUAUUAUCUGUUUCUGUCAAUUUGGUAAAAAAUUUGUGUUUGAUUGUGUUGUUUUUCCUGGAGAUAUGUGGAGAAAUAAUAUGGUGGAAAAAUUAUAUAUGAGAAUCGAGAAGCACUUUCUCUCAGUAGAUUUCCCCUGUUAGAUGCAUGCAAGUUGUAAAAAAGAAAAAAAAAAGAAAAAAGUCAGGUGCUAAAGCACAUGAUAUACGAGACCAGAGGAUCCUCGUAUUCCAGAACUAAAACAGAGCACAUUGUGUUUUCUUUAAGAAAACCAAGUAACAUUUUUUGAUAAGUUCUCUGGAGAUCCUGAGUAAGGCUUUAAAUUGUUUUCAGAUCAGAUACUCACUGUCUUCUGUUGUGCCUUUUGUCCAGGAUGAAAUUCUUCCUUUCCACCAAUAGGGGGCAGUAAGCUUUCAGGAUUACAUGCCAUGAUUAUGAGCUCAGAUUCUUUUUUUAUUUUAUUUUAUUUCAUUUUAUUAUUAUUAUUAUUAUUUUUUUUUUUUUACCUUUUUAACCUUUACACAAUAAUCCCUAUCUUUUUUUGCAGAAUGAGAUUAGCGAUGUGUCUAAAUGAAAUGCACAUUUAUCCAAUCAGCUCUGAGUGAGCUGCUUAUUAAACAAACAAAAAAUGAUCUGUGUAUUAAUUCAGUUUAUUUGACUGAUAUCUGCAGUCAGAUUUGUGUGUUAUUAGAUUCCAUUGCACAAGCAACCUGAAGUAGAAAACCUCGCCUUCCUCCUGAGGAGACUAUGUACAGGACGUCACUGUGAGUUUGCUUUCUUUUCAGUGCAGCCUGUUUGCAUUCCUGACAGGAAAACAUAACAAAUACUACAUCGUGAGUACUGGAACUGAAUCCACAUUUCAUGUACUGUGCACAACUCUUCAUGUACUGCUUGGAUAUGGUUGUUGCAGUGUACAGUGGCAGUACAAAUGUAUACUUUUUUAAAUGAUGCAGACUUUUUAGGUACAUCUCGUGCAAGUUUGCUUGUGACCUUAUGUUUAUUAAUUCUGCCAUUUUCUAUAUUUGUUGUAAGCAUGUGUGUGCUUUAGACUCACUUUAAAUAUCUGUAUAAAUGGCUAUUUUAAUCUGCCGCUGCAAACAACACCUAGAAAUAUUCCUAGUUCUCAACCUGUUGAAUGUUGUUUUCUUCAAACUAACUGUUUAAACGUACUGAAAUGGUUUAGUGAUGGGACGCUGCACCAUGUUGUGUUUAUAUCCUCAUGAGACCCCACUGUGUUAUACAAGGACAUCACAUUCUUUUUCUCAAAUUAAUUUCUGUUUGUACAUACAUCACAAGAGAAAUGAAAAUGCAUAACGUAGUUCAGGUCUCAAGAGGGUAUAACGGCAGCAGGACUGACUGUGGUGACAAAACUGUAGUUUGAUAUGAAGCGAAACAGGAAGUGUCUCUUUAAUGGAACCUAGUUGUGCUAGUGUAAAAGUGCCAGAUUGUAUAACUACCAACAUGCUUGAGGAUGACUUGCUACACGUGCUUACUCUCAUACUUUAUUUCUAUAGCUGUUUUUUUCUCUAAAAUGCCACGCCCCUGUGUGGAUAUGUAGUCAGACAGAUGCUGAGAUUUCUUCUGCUGACUAAUUAAAUGUAGGUGUUCGUUUCACAGAGGCAGUCAGGGACAGUAGAUGUGUCCUGUUCUACAUGGAGCUAGAGCUUUAUGUGUCCACUGAUCCAUCUGUAUUACUGAUCUUGAGUGAUUCUGUUUUAGAAGACAUUAUGACCCCCUGUAAGCUCCUCCCAGCUCAUAUUCUUUUCUUCCCCAAUCAUCGAUAGCCUCUGCUUGAUCAUUUGCAUUUAUUUCCAUAAUGCAUUGUAAGCAUUUUGUGCUUUGUAAAAAUUUUUACCUCUUAUUUUCUGAUUAUAGUACAAUCUAAAGUGCAAAAAUAACAGUGUUAUACAAUAGCCUGAGGAUGAAAUAAUAACAAACACACACAAAGUAACAUUUUACUUUAUAUAAAUGGAUAUUUCUGCAGUAAGGAAAUGCUGCUGGUGCCUUACAAAUAAAAUCAGAUCAGUGGAGGAAAUGGGA